AUGCGUUGGACAAUGCUGUGUGAGGCAGAUGCACCCGUGGCAGUUGCAGAACCAGUCCCUGUGGCUUGCUCUAAUUUGGAUCCUCAAGGGAGCUGUGAGGUGUCACUGGAUGAUGUACUGCUCAACUCAUCAGCUAGAACUGUUGAGGUCCACAGCAGUGAGACAGUUGAAGAUACUAAGAUGGAGAGAUCUCAGGUUAGUUGCAAAGGUAACAAAGCAGCCUCUUCACCUACCUCUGGUUCGUGGACAACACAACGAGAUGGAGAAGUCAAACUGAGGAUAGCUGAGAAGGGUCUAGGCAGCGAGGCACCAAAGACUGUGCACGAACUAUUCCAGGAAACGGUGAAGAAAUAUUCUAAUUAUUAUGCCCUUGCAUCCAAAAAGAAUGGCAACUGGAUAAAACUAACGUAUCAGAUGUACUAUAAUGACUGCUGGAAAGCAGCAAAAAGCUUCCUGAAGCUGGGACUAGAGCGUUUCCAUGGAGUGUGCAUCUUGGGAUUUAAUGCUGCUGAGUGGAUUAUUGCUGACAUUGCAGCUAUCCUUGCGGGUGGAUUUGCUGUUGGUAUCUAUGCUACAAACUCUCCUGAGGCCUGUCAUUAUGUAGCAGAGAACUGUAGUGCUAACGUGGUGGUUGUGGAAAACCAUAAACAGCUGCAGAAGAUCUUAGAAAUUCAGCAUAAACUACCUCAUCUGAAAGCUAUUGUCCAGUAUGGGGAAGUGCUAAAAGAGAAGAGACCAAAUCUGUACUAUUGGAGUGAGUUCAUGGAGCUCGGCAGAGAUGUUCCAGACACUCGGCUCCAUGAAAUCAUCAAGUCACAGAAGCCGAACCAGUGCUGUACACUGAUCUACACCUCGGGGACAACUGGACUGCCAAAGGGGGUGAUGCUCAGUCAUGACAACCUGACCUGGACGGCAAUGGCAGCGGGAUACUCCCUGUUGCUGACAGAUGCUAAAACAAAGCAGGAGCUGGUGGUCAGCUACCUCCCCCUCAGUCACGUUGCUGCACAGAUAACAGAUAUUUGGUUGCCAAUGAUAUUCGGAGCACAAGUCUUCUUUGCUCAACCAGAUGCAUUAAAGGGCACUUUGGUGGAGACCCUGCGGGAAGUGAGGCCAACGUGUUUUUUGGGAGUUCCUCGUGUCUGGGAAAAAAUGGAAGAAAGAAUGAAAUCCAUAGGUGCAAAAUCCUCAGCGCUCCGAAGAAAAGUGGCCGCGUGGGCCAAGGAAAUUGGGUUGCAGACAAACCUGGGCCGGAUGAAUGGGUAUUAUGAUACCCCAAUGAACUUCCACGUAGCCAAGCACUUGGUGUACAAGAAAGUGCAAAAGGCCAUUGGGCUGGACCGGUGCGUCAAGUGCUACACAGGGGCUGCUCCCAUCUCCAGAGAGACACUGGAAUUCUUCUUAAGUCUGGACAUCCCUGUGCUUGAGCUGUAUGGCAUGAGUGAGAGCACUGGGCCUCACACAGUCUCUACACCUAGCAUGUUCAGGCUUACCAGCUGUGGAAGGAGUGUCGCAGGCUGCCAGACACGCAUCCAUAACGCGGAUCAAUACGGCAUUGGUGAGGUCUGCUUCUUGGGAAGGCACGUUUUCAUGGGCUACCUGAACAUGGAGGACAAAACCAAAGAGGCAAUUGAUGAAGAAGGCUGGCUGCAUUCGGGUGACCUUGGCAAGCUGGAUGCACAUGGAUUCCUCUACAUCACUGGCAGAAUUAAAGAGCUCAUCAUCACUGCAGGAGGUGAGAACAUCCCUCCCGUUCCAAUCGAGGAUGCUGUGAAAGCUGCUGUGCCCAUCAUCAGCAAUGCCAUGUUGGUUGGAGACAAAGCCAAGUUCGUUGCUAUGCUUCUAACACUAAAGUGCAAAGUAAACAUAGACACUGGUGAGCCAAGAGAUGAUCUCGCUCCAGAAGCUAUUGAAUACUGUCAGAGGCUGGGCAGCAAGGCCACCAAGGUCUCGGAGAUCAUCCGCAGCAAGGACAAGGCUGUCUAUGCUGCUAUCCAGAAGGGGAUUUCAGCAGUCAAUGAGAAAGCCACCUCCAACGCCCAGAAAAUCCAGAAGUGGACCCUGCUGGAGAAGGACUUCUCUCUCUUUGGUGGAGAGCUUGGCCCAACGAUGAAGCUGAAGCGACCAGCGGUGGUGGAGAAGUACAAGGACCAAAUCGCUCAGUUCUACAUGGACCUGGAUGGGCCGGGCCCGGCCGGGAACAGCCUCCGGCAGUAG